AUGGCCGAUUUUGACUGGAACGAUCAUCACCGGCAGCAGGUUCUACAGGGCCGGCAAAUAUUAGAACGAACGUCUGCCAGUCUGGCCCGUUCGAAUCAGAUUGCCAUCGAGACGGAACAUACGGGUCAUGAAGUAAUUAACGAACUUGAAGUGCAGCGCGAAUCUCUGCUACGUAGCCAACGUCGUCUGGAGAGCGCCAAUGACGAUCUUAGCAAAUCCGGUGCCAUCAUCCGUGCGAUGAAACGUAACGUGCUGUACAAUAAGCUCAUCUUGAUCAUGAUCAUCGUAAUGGAGGUGGUUAUACUCGCAGGCAUGCUUGCGUUGAAGUUCAUGUAG